AAGAGAUACGGAGUAUAUAUAUACACAAAAAUAAGACUCAACUGCAAAAGCCCUUGCGUUUCUGCAAAGCUUUAUGCUCACAGGCGAAGAUAUAUAUGCAGAGAGUAAUUGUAUGUAUUGAGUGAAUUGGAUCUGGAAGGUAUUGUAGGGUUUUAAGUGAUACACUUGCAGUUAUGAAGCCGAUACGGCUUCCGGAACCGCCUACAAGUCCACGGGCGAUAGGCGGCAUGCCGGACAUCUUCGAAGGCGGCGUCUACGGUGUGAUCAGGCGGGCGGUGGUUAUCGGCAACGGCUUUCCCUCCUCUGAGAACCAGAGCAUCGGCUUGGUCCGGGCACUCGGCCUCUACGACAAGCACACGCUAUACCGAGUUACAAGGCCCAGAGGAGGAAUUAAUGAAUGGCUACAUUGGCUCCCAGUCUCUCUACAUAAACGGAUAUAUUACAUCUUAAACUUAGUAUGUGGCUAUUCGCACCUUCUCGUGGGAGGUAGGGCAAAUAAACUUUAUUUGCCCAAGGAAAAUGGCGCUAUUGGCCUGUCAUCCAUUCUUGAAGCUGAUGUGAAGAGUAUUGUGAACAUUGCUCGUGAAUCAUUUGAGAAGGAUGGUCCUUUACUAGUGGUUGCAUCUGGUAGAGAUACAAUAUCAAUUGCGAGCUCCAUAAAAAGAUUGGCACAUGAAAAUGUGUUUGUUGUCCAGAUUCAACACCCAAGGUCCCACUUGGAUAGGUUUGACCUAGUUAUCACUCCAAAACAUGACUAUUUUCCCUUAACACCUCAAGCAAAAGAGCAAGUUCCUCGGCUCCUUCAUAGGUGGAUAACUCCAAAUCAACCUCCUGAUAAGCAUGUAAUCCUUACAGUUGGAGCUCUUCACCAAGUUGAUUCUACUGCACUUCGGACUGCAGCUAUCACGUGGCAUGACGAGUUUGCACCUUUACCAAAGCCCUUACUGGUGGUCAACAUAGGAGGGCCUUCAAGGUACUGCAGAUAUGGCACAGACCUUGCUAAACAGUUAACAGCUUCUCUGCAUAAUGCCCUUGAGAAAUGUGGCAGUGUGAGAAUAUCAUUCUCCAGAAGGACGCCUGAAAAGAUUUCCAAUGUUGUCAUCAAAGAACUGGGUAGUCAUCCAAAAGUAUACAUUUGGAAUGGUGAAGAACCAAAUCCGCAUAUGGGACAUCUGGCGUGGGCUGAUAAUUUUGUUAUAACAGCAGAUUCAGUUAGUAUGUUGAGUGAAGCUUGCAGCACAGGGAAGCCUGUCUAUGUAGUUGGGGCUGAACGCUGUAGGUGGAAGUUUGUGGAAUUCCACAAGGCAUUAAGAGAAAGAGGGUUAGUCAGGCCAUUUACAGGUCUCGAGGAUAUGUCAGAAACAUGGAGUUAUCCUCCACUCAAUGAAACUGCAGAAGCAGCCAAUCGAGUAAAUGAAGCACUAGCUCAACGUGGAUGGAAGAUUAAAGCUUAGGAUUAACGCCCACAUUGUUGUUUGAUUGUUUUGAUUAAUUUGUGAGGUCUAAAUUUGCAUAUUUCCCUGUAUACAGAUUUAUUCCAUAUUAAUUGUUAUGGCACAAAAGAAAAGGGUGGUAGAUAAAUUUUGGGAUGAAGACUUUUCCAUUCUUUAUACCCAUAUGGGUUUUCAGGCAUCCAUAGAAUAAACUUACACUUUUGACAAGGCUGUAAAUCAGAUACAGUCAUACAGUACAAAUGAUGAGAUGAGAUUUGCAUAACACGAAAGUAAAAGUUUUGUUCCCA